AGAUUUUCGAAUUCUCAAGGUUGUCGUGUUACAGUGAUGGGUUGGGAUUCUCUUAAUCUCCCAGAUUAUAUUGUGAAGGCAAUCAGUGAUUGUGGCUUAGAACAUCCUACACCUAUACAAACUGCAGCCAUACCUCCUGCACUCCACAGUUUCUCCGAUGUUCUUGGAUCAGCACCAACAGGAAGUGGGAAGACUUUGGCGUUCGGAAUUCCUCUAGUAUCAAGGGUAUUCUCCCUCAAAAAUCUUGAAAACCAGACUUGUGAGGAAGAGUCCAAAAUUAAUGGCUUGAUUGAUCGACAAAAAUGCGAAGUGGCAUCUUGCGUCAAACCUUGUGGGAAAAGGAAGAAAAAAAAGAAGGAAACUGACAUUUAUUCAGGUUUAAAUGUCAUAGAAGAGUUAGAUGUAAACACUGGAGAAAUUCGCGCAGUCCAUUCCCUUGGCGAUCCUGUUACAGCAGAUCCUGAAACACUUCCAAUUACCAAAUCUGUUUGUUUUGAACCGAAUUCAAAAAGGAAUCGUGUUUAUGGGCUUGUUCUAGUUCCCACCAGGGAAUUAGCUAUUCAAGUAUGAAAGAGUUUUAUUCUAAAGAAAGUUUCCUUUCUAGUCAUUUUUGACGAUUUGCAAACUUGACUUUGUUCACAUGUAAUAUCCCCCUUAUACUCAUAUCUGGAUUGUUUUACAAUUUUGUUUCCAAUUUUCUAUAUAUCUAUUCUAAUAAUGCACUUCACAUUGAAAAAUAUUCUCAUAAGGUCGUUAUUUAUAUAAACCAGAUUUUGUAUUAAGAUGUUCAUGUAGAGUUGCUUUUUAUAUCUAGAGUCACCAAUCACUUUAACUUGCAGUUAAAUUAGGUGUUAAAUCAAGACUAAUAAACCGUUAUCUUUCGGUCAGUCAUUGAACAACGUAUGAUCUGGUACAAAUAUGUAACAGUCCUAGUUGUAACCCUUCAUAUCAACACAGCAAGAAGAAACUAACAAAACAAAAAGCGAAACGUUCAGAAGAUGUAGCUAUGAAUUAGUUCUGCAUCUUUACUUGGCCAAUUCAAUAGUAACCAACAUAGCACGAAUUAACAAUGGGUGAAGAUGUGUGAUACCUAAUUACUCUAUUUAAUGAAGGCUAGUACGCGCAUCAACCAUCCUUAUCUAACAAAACGAACCGAAAACCAGUAUUAGUCACUUCUUCAUUUCACUAUACUCAAGAGCGCUAUCUGAAAGACAUUUACCAUUAGUUGCUGGCAACUUGCAGACGUUCUUGACCUUCACAGUCCACGUUUUGUAAAUCAUACUGAUGUAAACUUGCCCUCUUCCUCGAUAUUAUAUCUCGUCUGUAAUAAAAGUGGUGCAAAUAAGCAAAACUCGAGUUAAUCCUUUGCAUUCUUAUCAUGAUCAUCAUCAUCAACGGCUCGUUACAAAUUCUUACUCGACCAAUACUCUUCGAUCAACAAGUCUUUAAUACGUUAGCGUACACCUUUGACAUGCUUUUCACUGAUAUAUAGUGCCAUAAAAUCUCAAUUGUCGGAUCCACCUCUAACCUUUGGGCUAGAAAAUACUACUGUCGGGCCGUGAGAGAUAUGUUUGUGCUUUAAAACCUGUAAAAGGGUAAAUAUGUGGUUUGCAUAUCCACAGUUAGGUUUGAAACCUGCCUAUUUCUGGGAUCACAGUUCUUGAGCUCCAUUUGAACGUCAGAUAAUUAUGAAAGCCAGUUUCUCACACUAUAUUAACCAAAUUCAUAUGAUAUUCCCAUUCGUUCUUAUAAAAUGGAAUAGUUAGUAAUCACAACCCACAUAAUACAGUUAUCUUAACGUCCAAACCAUAGAUAGUGUUAAAGUCUAACUGGCGCUCCUAAACCAACAUCACUAAAAAUCGUUGUUCAUCUCCUACAAAAUCUUGGUGAGUGUUGCCCAACUGAGGGAUUGUUGGAAACCAGUUGAAGUAUUCCUCAACGUCUUCGUAUCAUCACAAUUACCUCUUUUAUCUUCAUCCGCGAUAGUUCUACUGACAACAGAUUUUUCAAUCUGUAAUCUCUAUCAAGUCUAAACAUGUGUUUAUUUUGGUCCUUUGCCACUAUUUUACCCAUAGCUCUUAUUUCCUUUCCUGCUUUAUGUUUAGACUUUGCUAGUACGUUUAAGUCAAUGUUUUCAUUAGUGGUCAUUUUUUUCCUCGAGUAAAUCUAGGUUACACAACAUAUUCGUGCUUUAAUGCGAUAUGUCGAUUGUAUUCGUAUUGAAAGUAUCGUUGGUGGAAUAUCAGUUGAUAAACAGCUUCGACUUCUUCGACGUUGUCCGGAUAUACUUGUUGCUACUCCUGGAAGACUAUGGCAUUUUAUUCAACAAGGUGAUCCUCAUGUUCUGACAUUACAUAAUGUUAAUGUAGUUGUAGUUGAUGAAGCUGAUCGAAUGAUUGAAGCGAAUCAUUUUGAUGAUUUACGUUCAAUUUUCAAUUGGUUACAUUCAUCAUCAAAUUCUAAUAAUGAAGGCGAACAAGAAGAUCAAGAAACUACAACAAAGAUUCAAACACAUUUGAAGAAAACAUUAAAUCUUAAGAGAAAGCAUAAAUCAGUUGAAAUAUCAGAUAAUUCUACGGAUAUGAUGAAAGUACAACGACAAACAUUAAUUUUUUCAGCUACUCUUACAUUUGUACAUAGUGGUGCAUUAAAACCAGGUACUGGAUCUAAAAAUCACAAACUUUUACCAAACAAUAAAAAUACUAUGACUAAGAAAAUAAAACUUGCGGUACUACGUGAAAUGUUCGGUUUGAAAAAAUCUGCUAAAGUAAUCGAUUUAUCAUCAAACCAUUCCACUAAUCAAUCAGCUUCAAAUACCGGCUUAGUCUGUCAAUCAACUUGCCCUGAUAGCCUUUCUGAAUGUCGGUUGUUAUGUCCAGACCAGGCAAGCAAAGAUAUUCGACUGUUUUGGUUCAUUGCAUUUGGCCGUCAUCUUGGAUCUUCAGAGUAUCCCAAUCGACGGUGCUUAAUUUUUCUAAAUAGCAAAUCUGGCGUACGUCGAUUAGCUGGAGUAUUACGUCAGUUGCUCAGUUCAGAUGCUUUUUUGGUAUCUGGAUAUCCAUCACUACAGUAUGUAAAUGUCUUACAUGCUGAUAUGAUUCAGAAGCAAAGACUACGCGCACUUGAACGGUUCCAAGCGGAUCCAAAUGGAAUUUUACUCGCUAGUGAUGUAGCUGCUCGUGGUUUAGAUUUAGCAUCAAGUGAUAGUAUAGUUGAAAAAAAUGGAGUAUCAUGGGUUAUACAUUUUGACGUACCUCGUACAGCUGAAUUAUAUAUACAUAGAUCAGGGCGUACUGCCAGAGCUAAUCGUCAAGGAACUAGUUUAUUAUUUAUUUCACCAAAUGAAAUUAUGUUUUGGCGUCGAAUCGCUGUCAGUCUUCAAAGAACUAAUCUGGAACUUGAUGAUUUUAUUAUUCAACCAACAACUAUUCAAUUGAAUAUCAGUGAACAAAUUGUUAAAUUAGCUAAACAAAUUGAUAUACAAGAGCAUAGAAAUUCUCGACAACUAGCAAAUGAUAAUUGGUUUACUAAAGCAGCAAAAGAUGCCAACAUUCUAUUAGAUGAUGAUGAUAAUAAUAAUAAUAAAGUAGGUGAUGAUGAGGAUAAUAGUGGAAAAAGGAACUCAUCUAAGAAAAAACUUGACAGUACAAAAUUACUGAAGUCAGAGUUACGUCAGUUAAUCAAUGUUUCACGUGGAAAAUUACUGAAAUUGACUAGCGGACAAAUGAAAUGUUAUCAACAACCUAUACAAACACUUUCAAAGACCAAAUUACUUAAACAGUUUGGUACAAUAUGAGCACAUGUACUAUUCUCUUCAAUUUCUCUGUAAAUAUAAAUUAAUGGAUCUUUGUAAAUCUCAUUUAAACAAUAAAUAUAUAUACCUCCUUGG